AUGUCCUUGACGCCGCCGACUUCGAAAAUGUGACUCGGGAACAAAAUUCAGUGCCGAAUCGAAAUUUGUUCCCGGGACAACACUGCCUGCUCUUUUUGUUUCACCACCGGGAUCAACCCAUUAGCUCCCUGCUUUUCGUGGUUUGCAUUUAUUUUCCAAAUAUUUCAGCUCUUUUUUUGGCCAAGAACAACGGAUUUUUGCAGGAGAAGGAGCGCCGCGUCGGGAGCUGCGAGAGAGACGCUCUGAAGAAGAAGGUUGGGCGGCUCCUCUUUUUUUUUUGUACCUUUGAGAACAACGCAUUUUCCAGGUGGAUGAGGAAGCUCGACUCGCCGCUCGCGCAGCAAGGAUCGAAUUUAAGAAGAAGAACAGCUUUUUGUUAGUUUUCAUCAUAAUGAACACGUUCCCAAAAAAUCAAGUUGAAUGAAUCAGUAUUCAUCCGACGGCACGCAUCUGAAGUCUCAGAACAGCCAAGAAGCGCGCGGGAGGCGGACGGCGGCACGCUGUUCAAGCCUUCUUCUGUGCGUCAAAACUUUAGAUGCGUGCCGUCGGACGAGUAUUUUUUAUUCCGGUUCCCACGUGAGUCACGCAGCAAAUGAGAACUCGCCGACGUGUCCUCUGGCAGCACUCACCUGCCACGUCAUGAGACCGCCCGCCAUGCAUUCAGGGCAACCCGCUGACCUCACUCAGUUCCAAUUCAGUUUCUGUCUCUCGAAGGCUCGAUCCAUCGAAACGUGAGUUUCACUCUUUCGUCCCGCCAAUUGAAUAAUUGCAUACUAUUCAGAACAUCGUGAUGAACACUUCCGAUUCUGCUGCGCCAGAAAUUCUCGCCGACGGCAUUCAACAUCUUCGUCUCGUCGACAAGACUUCGUCCUCUGUGUUGAUGACUCCGCCGCCGAGUGAGGAGAAGGCGCCCCCUUCCUCGCAAAAAUCCACGUCGAACCACUCGGAAAAUGAAACCAAGCAGUCCGCCGGUGACGAUAAAACUGCUUACAUCGAAUCGUUGAAGGAGGAACGUGAGCAUUUGACUCAGUACGCCGACGGCUUCAACCACGUCUUCACUCUCAUCGACAAGGAGAUCAAGAGAGUUGCUGCCGAUGGAGAUGAGAAAACUAUCGUCAAGGACGCUUUGGGCAUUCUCACCCAAAUAAUUCCGGUGCCUGUGGACUUGUAUCCGACCGUAUGUUUGAUCCGAUAUGAGACCUGUAAAUAAAUUCGUAUCAAUUUCAGUACAACUUUGUCGGUCGUAUCCUGGGACCACGCGGAACCACCGCCAAGCAAUUGGAGGCUUCCACUGGAUGCAAGGUUACCAUUCUCGGUCGCAACAAAAAAGACGGAGCGGCGACGCCCGAAGGAAGCACUUCUGGAGACAACGGCCCUCUAAGAGUGCAGAUUUCAUGCCCUGCCGAUGAUCCGAAUUCUGUUCAGAAGAUGCAGGCUGGUUCCAGCAUUAUCAAUGCUUUGCUCAUUCCUCCAGUGAGUCUGCAAAACAUUUACAUUAAAUAAACAUCCAAAACAUUGCAGGCUGAUGGUCAAGAUGAGUUGAAGCGUCAACAGCUGAUGGUUCUGGCCAACAUGAACGGAACUUAUCGUCCUCGUGCUGCUGUUGCUCAGUCGCAUUACACAACUGGCGCUGGAGACUACAACAAUCAGUUCCAGAGUUAGUAUUUUCAUUUUGUACCCUAUUUACCCCUCGUGAUCGUUUCGUCCUUUCAUGAACAGUACUGAAUAAAUCUAUAUCCGCACCCUGCUUCUUCCAGACUUGCUGCCUUACGGCUAUCGUCUGCCCCUGAGGAGUCAGCAUGACAUGGUUCUGCACUCGUUGAUGGCUAAUGAUCCGAAUCACAUACAUUCGGCCAAGUCGGAUUGCUUCAACCCAAAAUGUUCCAUGUUGAGAAGUCUCAUUGAAAACAACAUCCCGUUGAACAAAAAUUACAUGCCGUUAGUUUAGACUUGUGAAUGGUUCUCAAUUUUAUAGUUUUUUUUUAGAAAAGUUGACGACGUUCUCAGUGCCAUGCACAUGUUUGAGCUAAUGAACCGUAUCAGACUGGCCAAUUCUUCGACUUACGGAGAAUCUCGUCAUCACGAUGAUUCGAUCAAGGCUCAAGAGAUCGGAAAUCGCAUGUGCUCGGCUCUGGGCAAUGUCGGACCACGCUCAUCUUCUUCUAACACCCAAACUUCUCCUAACCGCCGUUUUAUCAAGCGCACACCACCAAAAAAGUAA